GUUCGAGUUCUAAUCGACGUCCAUCGUUACAGUUUGUAAAAUGUCCCGACGACGUACAGCAGAGGUUCAACCAGCCAGACUGGAUAACUGGCACCCAGCGAUAUCCAUGACUUGACAACAGCAAUUCUAGCAAUCCAGGACAUUCUCCUGGAACUGUUCCAGCCUGCAACCAUACACCCCGAGUUCAUGUCGUCUGCAUUCGAGUAGAUCGAACUCCGCUUUCUCGAGCGUGAAAUGGCUCUGUGACACUGGCAGGACGUGUUGCUUCUCCGUCACUUCACGCGCGGUUGCAGCUUGUACUCUCCGUGAUCUUCCACACACGAUUUGGCAUAGAGCGGUGGGAACCAGCCACCACUGCAAUCCAUUCCAACACCAGCCACGCUGCGGUGGAGGAGACCCUACUGAAACUUCACUCCAGACAUGCGUGUACCAGGCCGGUAGCGUGUCCUCCUGUUUGCCAGACCCGAAGCACUGCCGAUUCCCGAUUGUCCCUUCCACUGCCAUGCGGGGUGCCGCGACAAAUGCAGUCGAUCAUCAACGACCUCGAACGAAUGAGGAAGGCCGCAGGCAGGGAAGCAAAAAGGUGGGUUUGAAGCCAGGGGAAUGGGGGCUCCGUUCUCGUGAGGCUCAGAAAUAUGCCUUCGGGUUGCGUACUACCGAGUCAAGGUAACAUCGCAUGACAUGCAGUGAAGUAGCCACUGGACCCCGGUCUUCGUCCUCAGCCUUCGCCUCUACGGCAUCUGUCAACAACGUUUAAGAUACUAGGAUCAAAGGGCACCGUCAUCUACACUCCCCCGCAGUCUUCGCGGAUGUGCCAUAUAACACCUGGUUCCUGCCCGGUAUUGCUGGGGUGAUAACCUACGUAGCGGCUACCACUGCACCGAUCCCUUCAGAAAAGCAAAUAAUCAUCGGCUGUGUUUACUAUAUGCGCAUAGCCCCCCUGCUGUUGCCAGAGGUCUCCUGGACACUGUUAUUCCUGCCGUUGCGAUUCUUGCAGAAAGGUAAAAGCAUUCGGUUAGUACAUGAGGUGGACCACUAUAAUUACACCGCCUUGCUUUCGUUCUAUUCAGGAUUGGUUGCAUAUGUUCACGCCGCAGGAAUGAAGCCCUUCGCUAUUUGGACGGUUUCGCUCGCCUUGUUGAACUCAGCUUGUGCUCAAGAUUAUGGCACCUCGCCUCCGGUCUACCCUAGCCCUCCCACGUCCGGCAUCGGUUGGGAAAGCGCCUUCAGUCAAGCGGAAGCAUUCGUCUCGAACCUGACCUUGGACGAAAAGGCCCAACUCGUGACCGGCACUUCAGGUCCUUGUGUUGGGAACAUUGCUGCCAUCUCCCGUUUGGGCUUUAACGGCCUGUGUCUUCAAGAUGGACCUCUGGCAAUAAGACAAGCCACCUACGCGUCUGUUUUCCCUGCAGGACUCACAACUGCUGCCUCCUGGGACAGGGAACUCAUGUAUGUUCGCGGACUGUACUUGGGAGCCGAGUUCAAGGGCAAAGGAAGCCACGUCGCACUGGGUCCCGUCGUUGGGCCCUUGGGCCGUUCCGCCUAUGGUGGGCGCAACUGGGAAGGCUUCUCUCCCGACCCGUAUCUCACAGGUGUAGCUGUUGAGCAGACGAUCUCAGGGAUGCAGCGAAGCGGUAUUCAGGCGUGUCUCAAGCACUAUAUCGGCAACGAACAGGAAACACAGCGGAACCCUUCACUGUCUCCUGAUAAUGUCACGAUUGAAGCUGUGUCUUCGAAUAUUGACGACCGAACCAUCCAUGAGCUGUACCUGUGGCCAUUCGCCAAUGGUGUUCAUGCGGGCGUUGCGUCCAUCAUGUGCUCAUACAACAGGAUCAAUGGUUCUUACGGUUGUCAAAAUUCCAAGACACUCAACGGCCUGUUGAAGACGGAAUUGGGGUUCCAAGGCUAUGUUAUGUCAGACUGGGGCGCCACUCAUUCCGGAGUCAGUGCUAUCAACAGUGGACUAGAUAUGGACAUGCCAGGUCCCAUUGGUUUUGGUCCCGUUCAAAAUUCCUCCUUCUUCGGCGGCAACUUGACAGAAGCGGUCAACAACGGCACACUGCUGGAGGCGAGAGUUGAUGACAUGAUUCGGCGUAUUAUGACACCCUACUUCUACCUCCAACAAACUGAAUACCCUCCCAUUGACGGUGAGGAGCCGACUUUGAACGACAAUUUUCCACCCUAUUCUGGGCAGUUUAUUCUCGGGCCUUCCAACGUCGACGUCCGGGACAACCAUGCUCAGCUCAUCCGCCAGCUGGGUUCUGCAGGCACGGUGUUACUCAAGAACACAAACAACGUUCUCCCAUUGCAAAGUCCAAAGUCGAUCGGGGUGUUUGGGAACGACGCCGGCGAUCUAGUCAAUGGAGAGUACUUUUCUGGAGCCGCCUUCGACAAUCAAUAUGGCUUUGAAUAUGGGAAUCUCCCUGUCGCCGGCGGGAGUGGAACCGGUCGUUUAACGUACCUUGUGUCGCCACUAGAAGCCUUGAAAGCACGCGCCAUCCAAGACGGUACACUAUUGCAGUACAUCUUGAACAACACACUGGUCGCUAGCCCCGGGGGUCUCCAGUUCAUCGCCCCUAUACCAGAGGUCUGCCUUGUUUUUCUGAAGUCUUGGGCUUCAGAAGGGAUCGAUCGCACUAGCCUGGAUGCAGACUGGAACAGCACAGCGGUCGUGGAAUCUGUCACUACUCUCUGCAACAACACAAUAGUGAUCACAAACUCGGCCGGCCUCAAUGUCAUGCCAUGGGCGGAGAACCCGAACGUGACAGCCAUAUUGGCUGCUCACCUGCCGGGCCAGGAAUCGGGCAACUCGUUGGUCGAUAUUCUUUACGGUAUAGUCAAUCCGAGUGGCAGACUGCCCUACACUAUCGCAUGGAACGAGAGCGACUAUACCUUCGCAGACAUCACUAAUUCGACGCAAUUGGUCGAAACUGAAGACCCCAAUGCGUGGCAAUCCAACUUCACCGAAGGAUUGUUGAUUGAUUAUCGGCACUUUGACUAUUACAACCAGUCUGUCGCGUUCGAGUUUGGGUUUGGCCUGUCAUAUACGACCUUCAACUUAUCCGGCUUGAGUGUCACAAGCACAGUGCCUGGAAAUGUCAGCGCCCUGCCCGACCCGGUUGCCCCGGUACCAGGGGGCAAUCCUUCACUUUGGGGCGUGCUGUACAGAGCCGACGUGACCGUGACCAACACUGGCGAUAAGUUGGGAGCUACUGUACCGCAACUGUACUUGUCCCUACCCCAGAUCCCUGGCGAAGGGCCGACGCCGGUGAACGUGUUGCGCGGAUUCGACAAAGUCACACUGAACCCCGGCGAGAGUCGGUGGGUGUCGUUUGACCUGACCCGACGUGAUCUGAGUUACUGGUCGACGGGGUUGCAGGAGUGGGUGAUUCCGUCAGGCUCCAUCGGGGUCAAUGUAGGGUUCAGCAGUCGCGAUAUCCGACAGACCUCGAAGAUAACAGUGGUCCAGUAGCAAGGAGCGCAUGAGAUUGCCGACCGCUUCAUAUCGAGUGAACCAAUUAACAGCGAGCGAUUGUAUCAAGUUUGAAGACAUGCACUCAGCAUACACUGGUUGUCAUGCCGCAGCACUGAUGUGCCUGGCAAUGAAAAGGACUUUGGAACGAUCACCACAAGGGAGACACAGGGGCGUUGAAUUGCUGAGGAGGUCGAAUUAGGGUCUAUGAUGUUAAUCACUAGUACUAAUAAAGUACUAUUUCGGUACACGGCGACACCAGCGAUCAGUAUCUAGUAGCUGUGCUCAAAUGGGAUUCAAAAACAACGAGAGAAGACUGCUGGAACAUGAUAUUGGAUGAAUUGCAGUAAUCUAGCUAUGAUCCGAGUCGGCUCCAGACCUCGCGACCACUUCAGAACCUUGACGGUGACAGCCCUUUGACUGAUCCCCAUAGUAUCUCAGGAAUCAGUCUGUCCAUCCGCACGCACCGGCUUCGAUAGCAUGCGCGUAAUACUGAAGACAAGUUCGCUCCGG